GGUCGACCACAGCCCAUUUUUAUUGUCUUUUCUUGCAAGAUACAGAUAUCUGCAAUGCGGUCUACACUCCGGCUGCUUGCCAGCGUCAAGCCGGCGCGGUAUCUGGAGCCUUUUGCUCCUACCGGCUUGACUGGCCUUCCGACUCACCCAAGCCCUCGUCCCACCUUAAUAUAUCUCUACACCACCACUCUGCAGAAGCUGAAAUCGUUCCCUGAGUCUUCCGCCUACCGCCAGUCCGUCGAGGCCCUGACUCGCCGCCGCCUGGAGAUCAUCGAGUCUACAAAGCCACCUGGGUUUGAAGCUUGGCUGGAACGUGUGAAGAAGACCGUGGGCGCCGAGCCCGAGCGAUUCGAAAGCCUUCGUCGCGCUGAUGGCUCGUAUGCCGCUGCCCAGGUUGAAGAUGGUAACGACCAUCCCCGUGGCCAGGAAUGGGACGGUGAGGCCAUUGAGGCUUUGACCGAGGGUCCUGCCCGUACUCCGGAGGAAGAGGCUCGGUGGCAGGAAGUGAUUGAUGAGGCAAUGGACACCAAGUCGGAUAGCUCCGAUUUCCAUGUUGAGACCAUGAAAUGGGAAAACGAGCCGGCCCUUGAAGCCGAACAGAUCUCCGAGAUCGAGAACAAGAUCGGGGCUGGCCUUAUCGAGGAGGUUAUCCAGGUUGCAGAGGGCGAGCUGAAGCUUGUUGAUGAGCUGUACAAGUCGCAAGCGUGGGAGGAACUUGAGGAGAAGCCCAGACCGGGUCAAUGGACUUAUUUUGAACGCAAGGCUGAAUAAAUCAGCAGACUUGCUCUCGGUCAUUGUCCUACCAUCUGUAUCUAUUAUUCUUGGCCCGCAUAAGCAGCUGUCUCUCUUAUGAUAAAACAAUAUGAUAAAACACUAUUUUAUUGCUAUGUUAAGUAUAGAAAGGCUUCGUUUUCAGUUGGGAAGUCUCUACUAAAAUAAGGGAUAUGGUUCAUGAGUGCUUUCUAGCCUUCUUUGGGCGACAUCUAUAUAAAAAACAGUUUACAGUGCUACAUCUGCGAUCAUGGA